AUGGUGAUCAAAAUCCAGUGUCAAGCACCAGGGUCCCAGAAGGUUCCGGCUCCUCUUCUGCGCCCUUCCCCAGCUCUUUCGCCUGGCAAAGGAUCACCCAGGGAGCCCCCAGCAGCAGAUCCUUCCCUUUCGCUCCUCCUGAUAGCGCCAAUCUUCGCUGCCGCUGCCACACUGCGCGCCCCGCUAUCCACUCGCCGCACAGCGAGAAGGCUUGGCGGAGACGGCGUGGGGGGAGGAGGGUGGAUUAAAAUGAUAGAUUUUUGGAGGGGGACAGACACAUUUAAAGGCCUGAACGGACGUCAGCACCAGCCGAGCUCGUUGGGUGAGCGCCAGAUCUCUCCGCCCCACGAUUGUAGCGCACAUAGGACGAUCUCCUGCACGCGAGGUAGAGAGUGGCUCACUUGGGAAGAAAACAGAGCUGGUGGCGCUGCGGAGUGUCAAACCCUGGAGCCCAUCGUCAAGACGUUUUAUACCCGUUGCAGUUCUGCCGGAACAUCACUCCUGGCCAGCUCAAGGAAGCAUAGUCGUAAAUCUUCGGUCGUAUUCCUGACUCAGAAUGGGUGCGGAGCCGGCGGGGACGGAAACCGAGAUGCAAAUGCCGACGCAACCAGCGCAACCGCGGACGGCGCGCGGCGAGAACCCGCUUCUAGCCCCGAGCCUGGGGUGCCGGUGGGCUCAGGAGGCGGGAACGACACUGACAAAGGCCGAAUCGUUCGUGGGAGAUUUUCUACCAAGAACUGUUACCCUUUCCCCGUGCAAUCGGUUCCCACUCAAAACGUUGCGGAAAGGACCUUGCCCUCUGCUGUCCCUUUCGAUUGGCCCGGGACUGGACUAAGCCCGGAGCAGCAACGGAGUGGAGCUCCGGCGCCCCAGCCUCUGCGCACCCUCCCCCAGCUCGGCGGCCCUCGGCCCUCGGCCCUCGGCCCUCGUCACCAAUUCCCAGGUAGAAAAGCGCGCGGCCAGAGGGCACUCCUCUCGGCGUCCGGAAACAAGUGUUUUCCGCUCAGCCAUGGCGGCUUCCCCAGUGGAACGGAGCGAAAGGGCGCUUGGGCGACCCCGCGACUUCCACCAGACCACUGGCCCGGAGCACCGGCGGGAAGGCGGCCAAACGCUGGCCUAGGGCUCCUCCCGCGCUUCCGGGCGCGCGGGGAACUGCAGCUGGCGCACCACUGCCAGCCAUGCGCUUUGCCCCAGAGCGCUUGUAGAAGGAGGAGGUCGGCACACCUGCUGUUCCUGGUUACCCCCGCUCCCAUUUCCUUCCUAGAAGGCAGAUUCUCUCCAUCUCAACCCGUUCCGAGGCUCCUGCUUGCUCUUUUCCCCCCUCCCCCGCCACAGCCCCACCCCUUCCCGAGUAACAGGCGACCUUAGGGUCACAGCAGGGUGGGUACUAACUAGCAAGCAGUUAGCAUGGACUGUGACAAUCCAGGGCUCAUAGGAUCACGUUUCCAAAAGCUCCGAGGAAAGGAACUUCCCUUGACUAUGCCCAGAAGGAUCAACUUACUCUGUGUUUGUGAUCAGAGAAGCUGCCUUAUGUAACCUAAGCAUGUCCUUGCCUUUGUUUUUGAUUUUCUUUUUUUUUUCAUGCCUUGAGAAGUCAAAGAAACAAGAUUUGUAGUACUGCAUAGUUUAACAAUUGUUUCUCUUCUACAAGAUAAUUAAUAUAUUUUAUUUAUUUUCUAAAAUAGUGAAAAUGUUGGUGUAAUACAUAUAAUAAAAUACAUAUUAAUUGAUGGAUUAAAUUUACAAGACAGUACGUAGUAUUGAAUUUCUACUUAUAAUCUUCUUUUAUUAUAAAAAUAAGAAAACUUUUCUAAGAGAGAGAGAUGUAUACAUAUACACUCACAUAUAUAAACUUAUGAAAACAGUACGUUUCAAAUUCACAGUACAUGGCAAAUUCAGUCAAUAUUUCUAAUGUAAGUUUUAAAAUAAAAGAAAAAUAAUGUCCUUUCUCUCUCUUAAAAACUGUGUUGGAAAUCAACUACAGCAAUUGAUUACAAACCAUACUCAACAUAUUUAUUCACAAAUAAACUCAGAAAAAAAAUGUAUUGGUAGCUAAAUAAUUUAUAUUUCCUAUAAAUCUCAUCGCUUACAACAACUUUUAAAAGGUGCCUUGACAAGCCAAAUAUGUUCUUGAAUAUUUGAACAGAUUGUCUUAAAAUGUAGAUUUUUUUCCUGCCAUCAUUGGUGAUUAUCAUGGAAAACAGAUGCAAAUAGCAUCUGCUUCCGUGGCAGAUGCCAGGGUGGUGCUGGCAUUCUUAAAAUGUCCACAGAGUCUGUCUGGACAGUAAUUAGCAUUUUGGGGGCCCAUCCGUGCUGUGUCAAGCUCUGCAGCAGUAGUAGGGAUAAUUGACUUUUAUGAUUAUUAAUUACGGUGACAGUACUAAAAUAUAACAAUGAUCUUAUUGUCCCUUCAAAUUAUAUUUAAACAUUUCCCAAUUACAUUUACACUAACUAUAGUCAAUGAACAAGAAAAUUUAGGAGGAACAGAUAAAAAUAUGUACAUUUUUAGUGAUUUGUCCCAUUCCUCUAGCUGUA